GUGGCUUGAGAACAAUCAAUUAAUUGAUCUGUUUACAGCUAGAAUGGUUUAUUUGUGAAACAGUGUAUUCAUGAGUUGUUAUAAAUGUGUCACGGUAUGAGGUGAUCAAAGACCAAAGGUCGUGGUUUUUUCAAACAACAAUUUUACACUCGAUAAUGGUAAUUACAAAACUUAUGGAAAUUGAUGAAGAAAAUGUGAAUAAUAGAAAAACCUUCGCAAGCAUCUUUUUAUAAUUUUUGUUUUUGGUAGGAUAUCAUCUAUGAUAAGGUGUAUGCUACUUCCGUAUUUGGUGAGUUCAGUUGGUCUGGUCUAUGAAUUUGGAGCUAUCAAACUUUCUUAUUAAAAAACUAGCUACUCACAAUGGCGAUUCUUGAUGGUUUAUCUAAAUGCAUUACGGCCGUGUCAUAUGCAUUGAUUUUGGUCGCUUCAGUGAUACUUAUAACUGUUGGGGGGAGCAUACUUGUAAUUGCUGCGCGUUACAAACACGCUGUGACUGUAACAAACUUACAAUUUCCUGGUUAUAUUGUGCUUGGCACAGGUUUAUUGCUUCUGUGUGCUGGAGUGAUUGGUUUCAUAGCCUGCAUCAAACAUAAUCGCUGUCUACUUGUGUUGUUGUACGCAUUGUUGCUCACUAUUUUACUGUGUGAAAUGGCUGUUAUAAUCGUUUCUAUAUUUUACUGGCCAAAAGUUAGAGAACAAAUAAGUGAAGUUCUUCAUGAAGAUCUGAGGAUGUAUAAUAAAGUUGAUGAAGUUCGACAGAUUGUCGAUUUAAUCCAGUCAAACUUUGAGUGUUGCGGAGUGGAAAAUCGAUCAGAUUGGGAAUUUUACAAUAAUAGCAGUUAUCCUCAAAGUUGUUGUAAAAAUCGUCAGUUAGAAGAAUCGUUUAGCGAUAAAGAGUGCAUCUAUCAUCAGUAUGGUUGCCUCAGUUUCUUGGAACGUGAAGUUAAAAGAUAUUUGGGUUAUGUCAUUGGAUCUGCAUGUACCUUUUUCUUGUUGCAGCUUAUCGGUUUGCACAGCAUGUGCGUUGUGAUUUGCCGGUCUCAGUCAAUCCAUCGUUGGCAUAAUGAGGGUUAUAUUAGUAUAUAAUCUGUCGUGAUUAAGUUUAUGGUUAAUUUUGGGUACCGAAGUGUUUUGUAUUUCUACAAAGGAGGUAUAUUGGACUCGUAGUGCUCCAUAACUAAGCUAAAUACCCUGCUUCUUUGCACAUAGAACAUUCGUUGAUUUCAUUGACAGAGACCAUUCAGGAGGACUAUCGUGCGCUUAUUCAUUUUAUUGUUUAUAAUUCUCGAUCUAUUUCAUCAUCAAAUACAUUAAAUUAUUAAAUAAACUAAAAAAUUUACUGUGAUAUGACGGGGAUAUAAUUUUACUACCUUUUACCUUAGCAACUUUGGUGCACAAUUAAUAAAGUUAGAAAAAGUA